AUGAAUCCCGCAAACUUCAACAACGUUGGCGGUGGCAUGCCCGGUGGAGCCAAACCGCAUGGUCAGAUCCCAGUCCCCCCCAGGGUCGAAAAUGGCCAAACCGUCAUGAACUUCGUCGCCCAGGCCCUGCAGUCCCAAGGGAACUUUUCUGGAUGGCGCCAGGAGGUGCCCCUCCGCGAUCGCGCCGUCAAAGUGUAUCAAAUGAUCACGUCCCUUCGCUUGAUCAAACCCCAGAUCGAUAUCGCCGGUGCGGCUCACGCGGCCUUGACUUUUGAACAGGGAGCGUUCUCCCGGGCCAGGGAAAAGGUCGAUUACGAUAAAGAGUGUAACGACAAGCUGGUCCAUAUCCGUGAUACUCGCGCCCGUCAGGCCGCCGUCUUUCAGAACGGCAUGAUGAACCAAGCAUCACCCACCGCCGGUGCCCCCUCGGUCGGCCAAUUCCCCCAGCAGGCGAACCGCCAGAUGCAAGCUUCCCCGGUCGCCGGACCACAACAGCCCAUGAUGGGCAUGAACGACCCCUUGCAACCCGCCGCCCGGCCGCACCGUCCACCGUCGCAACAACCACCACAAUCAGGCCCGCCCGCGCAAACGCCGCAGGGCAUGCUCCUGCAACAGCAACAGCAACAGCAACAGCAGCAGCAGCAACAGCAGCAACAGGCCCAACCGCAACCCCACCAGACACCCCAACCACAACAAACCCCGCAGCCCGCACAGCGCCCACCCCAGCGACCCGGCGGCGCGAUCGCCUUGGCGGACGAUUUCAAUGCCUUGCCCGCCAAUGAAUUGGAUGCCGUCAACCGCCUCGCCAAGGAGAUCUUCCAUCGCACCGCCAAGGAGGACCUGGACAAGAUCAAGAUGAACCUGGCCAACAUGAACCCGACGCAGAAGCAGUACCUCCACCAGCGGGGCAUGGACCCGCUCAGCUACUUCUUUCGCUGCCAGGCCCUCGCCCAAUUCCGCAAGAUGCGCCGCGGCCACAUGAACCGCAAUCCGAACGCCCCCGUCGAUCCCAACAGCGCCCUGAUGGGCGGUGACCCCAUGAUGAACCGCCAGAUGUUCCAGAACAUGAUGAACAACCAGCGCAACCCGGCCUUCGCCGCCGCCGCUGCCGCCGCCGCGAACAACCCGCAGGGCCUGGACACCUCCUUCAUGGGCAAUGUCGAGAACAUCCAGGGCCAGCAGGCCGACGGCUUGCGCUCGCAGGAGGCCGGCCAACUUGUCGUCCCCGCCAGCUCGAACCAGGCUCCGUUCAACGCCGCCCAGAACAUGUUCCCGCCCGGCCAGUUUGCCCAGGGGACCCCGGGGGCCCCACCCGCCAUGAAUAAUACCUCCAUGAGCCCACAGUUCCUCGCGCAGCAACAGCAGCAACAGCAGCAACAGCAGCAACAGCAGCAGCAGCAGCAACAUAUCCAGAACGCCCCGCCGGUCCCGCCCGACCGCACGCCCCAGUCGACGGCGUCCGCCCAGGCCCAGGCGCGCGCUCAAGCCGCGCAGAAAGCCCAGAUGGCCAUCUCCCAGGGCCAAGCGAGCGCGCACGGGAUGCCGCAGAUGCCUCCCCAGGGGUCCCCGAUGUCCAUGCUGAACCGCCCCAUGGCGCCGGGCCAGAUGUCCCCGGCCCAGAUGGCGGCCCAGAUUCGCCCGCCGUCGCGUCCGCCCGGCAUGGGUUCGCAACCUCCUACCGCACAGUCGUUGGGCGGCCCCCCCGUGAUGCAGGGCCGGCCGCAACUGGCGGGGCUCUCCGCGGCGGCGCAGGAGCAGCUCAACCAGAUGACCCCCGAGCAAUUCAACGCCUUCCUCAUCAGCCAGCAGCAACGACGGGCGCUGGCGAACAACCAGGCCCUGGCGCGGGCCAAUGCCGCGCAGCACAUGGGCAUGCCGCAGAAUCUGUCGCAGCCCGGCGGCCCGGGCCAGCCGAUGAUCAACAACGGGCAGGUGGGGAACACCCAGAAUAUGCGCACCGCGCUGGGUCUCCAGCCCCAAUUCCCCGGGAUGAACGCCCCCCAACCGCCCGGCCAAAUGAUGCCCGGACCCCAGGUAGCCCUUCCGCAACGCCACCCACAGCAACAGCAACCCCAACCGCAUCCGCACCCGCACCCGCAGCAGCCACAACAACAACAACAGCAGCAGCAGCAGCAACAACAACAACAGCAACAGCAACAGCAACAGCAGUUGCAGCAACGCCAACAGGAGCUGUACAAGUUCCAACUCCUACGCUCGCAAAGCGGGGCCAUCGAGAUGUCGCCCGAGCAAACGAAGGAGAUGGACCGCCUCCCCUUCCCGCCGUCGCUCCUCAACAGUAGCCAGAAUCUGGCCGCCGCCGUCCCCAAGACUGUCAAGACCUGGGGCCAGCUCAAACAGUGGGCCACGCAGAACCCACAGAUCCUCGGGGCGGUGGAGAUGCAGAAGUUGAUUGGCUUUCAGAAGAUGCAUCUUGCCCAGAUGCUGUCACAGGGCAAGGACCGCAAUCCCGAGCAGGGGGUCCCGGGUCCCUGGAUGGGGAUGGGCCCCCAGGGCCAGCCAGCCCCGCAGUUCGCCAACCAACCGCCGCAAGCGUUCCCCGCCGGCCCGCAACAGCAAGCGCCCAUGAACAUGCCCGCUAUGCGACCGAUCACGGCCGCCGAUAUCCAGAUCGCGCGCCACCGCUUGGGCCCGCGCGCGCAGGCGCUCAGCGACGAGCAACUCCGGGGUAUCUUGCAGCAGAAUCGACAGAAGCAGUUCCUGCAGAUGGCGCAAGAUCGGGCUGCCCUCGCCAAGCAACAACAGACACCGCAUGGCCAACCGUCCCUCCCACAGCAGCAACAACAACAACCACCACAACAGCCACCGCAGCAGCCACAACCGUCCCCCGUACCCGCGGCCGUCAAUGCGGUCCCCGUCAAGGCAGAGCCGUCGACACCGGCCUCCGUCCCGCAGCCACAUCCCCAAGUCAAGCCGCAACCCGUCGCCGCCGCCAAGGGUGCCAAGGGCGCCGGCGCGAAGGCCGGAUCCAAGCGCAAGUCGCCGCCCGACGAGCCCGCCGAGGGACCGAAACCCAGCCAACCCGCCGUCACCCCGAGCACGGCCGCCCCCGUGCCGAACAAGCUCGGCUUGUCCCUCUCCCGCGAGCAGCUGGCUGCGAUGAACCCCGCGCAACGCGCGCAGCUGGAUGCCCAAGUCCGGCGGCAGGCGGGCCGGUCGCCCAUCCCCCGGUCCGUCGCCGAGGAGUCGUGGAACAACAUUCCCGACAAGGCCAAACAGCUGUACAAUGAGAUGCUGAACCAGCCGCAUCCAACCGAGCCCGUCGCCCUGACCCCGGCCGACAAGAACAAGAUGGCCCAGACCCUCCGCGAGUCGACGGACCUGCUGGCCCGCAUGGACACGCUGGUGGUCUGGUUUUCGAAGCUUCCGCCAUCGCAGGGUAACAACCUGAAGACUCUGCUCCAAAUGAGGAUGCAACUCAUGCGACAAUUCAAACCCGGAGGCGACUGGACGUUGAACGAUCACUUCACGAUCCCCCCCCACUACUUAGAGCAGGCUAUCGCCUACACCCGCAAGUUCUUUUCGGUCAUGGUAUCCCGCAUGAACCAACACCAGAACCAGGUCGCCGGUCAACGUCCCGGGGCGCCGUCCGGCGCACCCACCACGCAGCCGACUCCGCAGAACCCCAUGCCCGCUUUGAACGCCAGCAACCUGCAGCAAUUACAGCAGCAGGAAGAGGCGCUCCAACGGGCCCGCCGCGCCUCGAGCCAGACCGCCGUGGCCGUCAACACCGUUGUGCCGCCCGCUCCGUUUGGCGCGCCGUCGCCUCAAGGGGUGCCACACGCGUAUGGGCCGGCAAGCAACCCCCCACAGGAACUGAAACUGCCCCUGCAAAAGAAACGCAAGCAGACACACGCGGCCGCGACGGUGCCCUCGGCCGCCGCCGUCGCCGCCAAGACCCAGGCGUCGAAGCCGGGGGCGGGCGAUGCGACCCUGAUCGGUGCCUUCCGAUGUGAGGUGGCAGAGUGUCCGCAUCAUUCCCAAGGCUUCCCCACCCAACACGCCCUGGACCACCACGUCGCGGAGAGCCAUCCAGUGGAAGAGCCAAUUGGUGAUCCGUUGGAGUUCGCCCUGGAGAGUUUCCGCAUCGGCCUGCUGAAAGAGGACAAGGGGGAGGGCGCGGAGGCCAAGGUCCCAAUGGACACUCCGCAGUUGUCAUCCAAACAGGAGGCGAUCACCCCGGCGACUUUGGGCGCCACCCCGAUGGGCCGCCCCCCAAGUCAGUUCGGCGCCAAGGGCACCUCCCCAGCGUCCAGCCAGCAGCUGACCCCUCGCGGACCUGCCGCCAAGGGCCUUGCGGCGGCCACCUCCAAGGCGGCGGCCGGCAAGGAUGGCAAGAAAGAGCCCGGCAAGUCGACUGACCCGACGCCGGCGACGGAUCCGUGGGCGACCAGCGCCAUCUCCUUGGAGGCCAUCCAGGACGCCUUUAUGGACCUUCGGGACGAUGGGGGCCUGGGCCUCGGGCCGAUGGAGGAGUUCCUCAACGCCGACAUGUUUGCCCCGCCGCACUCCAAGGACACGCCCGAUUCGGUGGAGACGGGGGUGGUCACGCAGACGCCCAAGGACACGGAGCUCCCCAAGACGGACGAUCUGACGGGCAAGAUGGUCGACGCCGUGGAUGACCAGUGGAUGGACUGGCCCCUUGGCCCGGGCAUGCUUGACGACGAGAUGUUCGUGAACCAGUCGUGGGACGAGAUCGACUGGGAUAUGAUGGAUCGUCAGAAUGGCGGCCUGGGCAUGGACGACGGCCGGAUUGCCAUCCGGACGUUAUAG